AUGGCCACCGCUGGAAUGCGCUUUUGCCGCGAAUGCAAUAACAUGCUGUAUCCAAGCCAAGACCGCGAGAUUCGUCGCCUCGUAUUUCGAUGCCGUAAUUGCGGGCAGUCUGAAGACGUGGAGGAGAAUUGUAUUUAUGUAAAUGAGCUAGUUAAAGACACACGAGUACAACUAGAUGUGCUUCCGGGCGAUGUAAUUGAUGACCCGACGUUGCAGCGCGAUUAUGACGUGGCAUGUCCUAAUUGUGGACAUAAUGGCGCUGUGUUCAUCCGGUCUCAAGACGGCGUCAAGCAAUCCACGCUUGCCCUUAUUUGGGUGUGUCUUAAUCGUGAUUGCCAAGUAGAUGAAGAUGGAAAUCGUUUGCCGUCAUAUCGCUGGAUGGGGAGCUAA